UAAAUGUUUUGACUAGCUAGAAAUGUUGGGGCAAAAUUCCAGUCAUAUGAUAUUCCAAGAUAGGUUUCCUACAGCUGGAGGAUCAGUUGCUGAAUACCAAGGCCAAGUUCUUGGAGAAGGGAGGGGGACUUUAGAUAUCUUGGAGGAAAUGCACACCUGUUUUUUCUCUUUGCUUUUGAGUAUAGUUUAAAGUUCUUCCUUAACUGGUAUGUGGUCUUUUUGCAUAAAAUUCUUACAUGCAGGUAUUUUAUUUCUGUUUUGAAAUUCUGUAAGUUUAUCUUGUAAUAAAACUCAGUCUGAUAAAACACUAAUCUUAGACUAUUGGCGUUAAUAGCACAGUCUUCAAGAGAUGGAACCAAACAAUUUUAUUAGAGCGCUACAUUUUUAAGUAGCAAGUUUCCAGAAAUCUGUGAGUAUAGUCUUUCCUGAUGCUACAGAGGACGGUCAGACAGAUUUUAUGUAGAAUUUGUUAGAGUAUGUUAUUGCCUUUAGGAACUGCUGCAGUUUGUUGCUAUGGGUCGUAAUGAAGAUAACAACAUAUGGGACUUGACAUUCACACCAUUUUUUUUGUCACCUGUUUGUUGCACGUGCUGUGCAGAUUUACAGUUGAAAUUUUGACUAAAUUUAUUCUCUACACAUUUCCCUUGAGGAGUAGGAGCAGUAUUACUGCUAGUAGUACACGUUUCAGUGUGCUGGUAAGCUGAAGGUUCAUUUCUUGGGUAAGUACACUUGGGUGCACUGUUAGGUGAAAUGUCUUUUUAAAAAUGUUUUCCAGUUUUUAAAUGUCUUAUCAAAAUGUUCUUCUGCUUUUUAUACGUCUUUAAAGUUUGCCUUGUUUUAUGUAAUCUGAAUAACGAAUGUUUCUGUGGUAUUGUUUUCAUGGUAAUAAUUUGGCUUGUAUUAAUUAUAAAAUGUCUGAACAUAUUUCGGUAAUAACAUAUCAUGUUUAAGGUUUUAACAGCGCUAGCUUUCCCCAAGAAGAGCUUCUGUCAUUGUUUCACUACAGGGCUUUAGUAGCUGCUUUUAUCUUUAGCAAAGAACUUGCAGCAGGGUAUCCCUAAUUUCUGUAGUGUAAUCUUGAUCUGUCUCAGCCAAGCUGCUGGAUGAGAGCGGGAAGGGAAGGAAAAAAACAGCAAACCAACUUGGUUAGGUUGGGAACUAUGGUUGCAAUUGAUGCUCAAUUUGGAUAAUUUAAAAUUAUCUAUAGACCUUGCCUGUUUGCAGGCAACCUUAUUCAUUUCUCUGAAUAAGGAACAAUUCCCUCAUGGUUAUAAUAUUUGGCAUGAAAAAAUGAGUCUUUACCAUCCCUCCUCCCUGUUUUUUAAAUGGCAUGCCUCAUGUGUAUGCCUAUGCUGUCUCCUCUGAAGUGUUAGUGCUUUCUUGUAUUGUUACACCCUUUCAGUCACCUGAAGGUGAAAAGGGAGAUCAGGAAAAGCACUUGACUUGACCUCUUGUGUUGGUAAAAACUAGCAAAAUGGAGUUAAACAUUAAUUAAAAUUAAUUAAAUUUUUUGAAGUCUGAUAUGAGUGUCCAUGACUUUGAAAUGGCAGCCAGCAGCGGUGGCUUUGCUAAUGGGCAUUGUGAUGGUUAUAACUGGAUGGGAGUUGUUGUAGACUUCCUUUUUUUUUUUUUUUUUUUUUUUUGUGAUAUCAGAUCCUUCAAGGGUCUUCCUUUUAUUUUAUUUUGAUAAAUUCUGCAUCUGCCAUGAUAUCCAAACCCAUAACCUGGUGAGACAGCUGCAUGUGUCAGACUGCCUUGUAAUAACCAUCAGAAUGUACUAGUAGAGGUGAGAUACCAUUUAUCUUCAGUAAAUCUAUGCUGCUGUUUAAUCAGCUACCAAAACUUUCACGUUCAUUUUGAGGAACAAAUAAAUUUUUUUGGUUACCGAACAUACUCAGUUUAACUCCAGGUCUGAACAAUGUACCUGUUUGCAACUGUUCAGAGCUAUUAUUCUUCCUGUUUGGGAGAUGGGGAAACUUGCUAUCUUAGUGGAGUACAGCUUGACAGUUUGGUCAGUUAUUGGAGGGGGGAGUGGUAAGCUGUUGGAGGUAAGUUUCCCGAUUUCCCAGUUGGCUCCAGUUGCAGCCUGCCCCGUGUUUUUGCACGCUGGCUGCAGUGGGGAUGCCCGCGCUGCAGUGGGACCAGUGACAGAAGCUGUUCUUUAGAAUUUUCAGGAUGGCUGUUUUCUGCGUCAGAAUGAGGCAGUCCUGCUGGGCAGAGCCAACGCCAAGAGCAAAGGGGUAUAAUGUAAGCUGGUCUCUAUUUCAUCACGGGAGAUGCUGAUUCUAUAAAAUAGUGCUGAAAAAAUGCACUAAAAAGUUUUGGGAGGAAUGAGACCCCAGGAAACAUCUGCUUUCUUUAUACAUCCUCUCUUGGAGACUUUCAGCAAUGCUGUGGUGUGCGAGAAAAUGCUUGCUGUCUGCGACCAUGCUGAGUUACAGCUCGUGAGGAAAAAGGGGGCAUUUUCACCCCGAUGCUCAGUGACUCGGUUGCAUAUGUGGGAUUGAAUACUGGAAAAAGAAGUCAGUAAUCUUCUUAGUAACUGCAAACCAACUGUAUGCAGUUGUGGUCCAAACAGUGGAUGUAAAACUAAAUCCAAAUAAGGAGAAAGUUGGAAUGCAAUAGAUCUGUGAAUGUGAGCUGCUCACAUUUGUUCAGGGAUCGAUAUGUAAAUUUUCUCAGUGGCCAUUCUAGAACCUGAUGGACAUCUGGCUUUAAUUCACACCUAUGAAAAUGAAAGAGGAAAAUUAUUUACAGCAUGUUUCCUUGGUUCUGACAAGCAGAAUUAUUUUCCUCAGAACAGAUGAGUUUGAUCUCCAUUUUUUUCCUGUUACUUGGUGCUGGGCUGUAGCUUUCAAUACCUUUGCUGAAAUAGUGGGGUUUUGUUUUUUCCCUCUCUCUUCAAACUAUGCAGAACUCUUAUUUGCAAAACCUGGUUUAGCCAAGAGGACUUCAACGAACUGUGAUGUGAAAGGCUUCUCAAAUAUUUUCUUUGGUCUCAAAAAUUUUUUUUUUGGUUGCUUUUUGUUGUGGGCAAAGGUAAUUCUCUGCUCUGUAUUAGCGUAUCGAAAGCACCACUAUCUUAAAGCAUCAUUUGCUGAGAAGCUGUCUAGGAAAUCUGCUUUUGCUAUCUGUGAAGCCUUACUAUAGCAUACUUUUAAAACCAGUUUUCAGAAUUUGUGCAGCCUCAGAAGCCUCCCGUGUUGGCACCUGCAAGUUUGACAUCUUUUGGACUUCAUGAAAAAUACUGUUGUGUUUGCAUUUUUAUAAUUCUGUGUGUAGUUUCAGUUAUAGUUUGUUAGAGGCUAAGACUGUUAGAUAUUAACCCUUUAUAAUUACCCUGUAUGUGCAGAUUGUACAUUUAUACAAUGCUUUACCUGUUGUACCGUGUUUGUGAGAUGUUACCAUUUAAGAUGACACUUUAUUUCAAAUAAAAGCCUGUUGUUUCUCAGUCGAUAGUAUUUAAUAUUGAUGGCGAUUGUGAGUUGUAUGAUGUUGUAAUGUGCCGUUGGACCACAAAGAGCUGGAGGUGGGAAUCAGUGGUUCUGGGGGCUGCAUUCUUUCUGCAGGUGAUAUUUGAAAAGUGAUUCCUGAGGUAAAGUGUUAUGUUUCUGGGGGGAGAGGGCAUGGGGAGGGAUCGUAUGGUUAAUUUUUUUUCUUUUUCAUUUCCCCUGCCCCCAAUGAUUUGUGGUAUUGCGUACCUUGUGCUUUCUGCUUGUUUUUUUCUUUACUAUUAAACUGCUGAUGUUUAUUUCCAGGAAUGUUUUGCAAAUGUCCUUCUCACUCUUCCCCUCUACAACUGUAGGUACAUUGUUCCUUUUUAUCAAAUAAGCACGUUUGAAGCAAACCAAAGAUAAAAUAAAAAGGUCUUAAUGUCACGUAAAGGAAUGUUUCUUAAUGUGCUCAGAUGUAUAAGUAGUGACUAUAUUUUAAAACUCUUCUAUAUGACAAUGCAUUGCUUUCAGCUAACUGACAGAUUUAUGUUAAGUUAGAAGACACAGAGGAUUAUAAGUAUGCCGCGAGGAAUAUGGUUCCAAAUUAAACUUUCUUUACUUACUAAAUUUGGCUCAGUGCUUGGCUCUCAGCAGGGCUUUGUUUUACAGUAUUCCUUGUACUGACAACUUUUACUUCUAGAAGGAAGACGCUUUCUAUUUCAAAUGGCUCUCUUAAAAGCAAAGUAGCCUACUUGUUUCUAACUUAACAUAAAGUUGUUGCAUGGUCCUCUGGGAUGAUGGGGUGUUCAUGCAAGUUUGCAUUUCUUCCUGUAGGCGUUCGUUGUGAAACAUCUUUUGGAGUAUACCCAACAGAGUGAGUCCAACCUGCAGUACAGCUUGUUUUUAGUUUUUGGCAUCUUUAUGACGGAAAUAGUGCGAUCUUGGUCCCUUGCGCUAACCUGGGCCUUGAAUUACCGCACGGGGGUUAGACUGCGUGGAGCUGUCUUGACAAUGGCAUUUAAGAAAAUUCUCAAGCUGAAGAAUAUCAAGGAGAAGUCUCUUGGCGAGCUCAUAAAUGUAUGUUCCAAUGAUGGUCAAAGGAUGUUUGAAGCUGCAGCAGUUGGCAGUUUGUUGGCUGGGGGCCCUAUUGUGGCCAUCUUAGGAAUGGUUUAUAAUGUAAUUAUUCUGGGCCCAACAGGCUUCUUGGGCUCUGCUGUCUUCAUCCUUUUCUACCCAGCAAUGAUGUUUGUAUCACGCCUCACUGCUUAUUUCAGAAGAAAAUGUGUAUCAACAACAGAUGAACGUGUGCAAAAGAUGAAUGAAGUUCUUAAUUAUAUUAAGUUCAUUAAAAUGUAUGCCUGGGUCAAACCGUUUUCUCAGAAUGUUCAAAAGAUUCGUGAGGAAGAACGUAAAAUCUUAGAACGUGCAGGCUACUUCCAGAGCAUCACUGUGGGUGUGGCUCCCAUAGUUGUAGUCAUUGCCAGUGUGGUGACUUUUUCUGUCCAUAUGAUCCUUGGCUACGAUCUUACAGCAGCUCAGGCAUUCACAGUGGUCACUGUCUUUAAUUCAAUGACUUUUGCUCUAAAAGUAACACCUUUCUCAGUGAAGUCUCUAUCCGAGGCAUCUGUUUCCGUUGACAGAUUUAAGAGUUUAUUUCUAAUGGAAGAGGUUCAUAUGAUAAAGAAAAAACCAGCCAAUCCUCACACCGCGAUAGAGGUGAAAAAUGCUACCUUGGCUUGGGACUUCUCCCACGCCAGCGUCCAGAGCUCACCAAAGUUGACCCCCAAAGUGAAAAAAGACAAGAAAGUAACCAAGGGCAAGAAAGAGAAAAUGAAGCUGCAGAAUGAGGGACAGCAAGCUGUGCUGGCAGAGCAGAAGGGCCAUCUUCUAGUGGACAAUGAUGACCAUCCUAGCCCCGAAGAGGAGAACAGAAUCAUCCACCUGGUUAACCUUCGGCUUCAGAGGACUCUCUACAACAUUGACUUGGAGAUAGAAAAGGGAAAACUUGUUGGAAUUUGUGGCAGUGUGGGGAGUGGAAAAACUUCACUUAUUUCGGCAAUUUUAGGACAGAUGACCUUGUUGGAGGGUAGCAUUGCUGUAAGUGGAACGUUUGCAUAUGUGGCCCAGCAGGCCUGGAUUCUCAAUGCUACACUUCGGGACAACAUUCUUUUUGGCAAGGAAUAUGAUGAAGAAAGAUACAACACUGUGUUGAAUGGUUGCUGUCUAAGGCCUGACCUAGCCAUCCUUCCAAAUGGGGACCUGACAGAGAUUGGUGAACGAGGGGCUAACCUGAGUGGAGGACAGCGUCAGAGAAUCAGUCUGGCUCGAGCCCUGUACAGUGACAGGAGCAUUUACAUCCUCGAUGAUCCCCUUAGUGCCUUAGAUGCUCAUGUUGGAAAUCACAUUUUUAACAGUGCAAUAAGGAAGCACCUGAAGUCAAAGACUGUACUGUUCAUCACUCAUCAGCUUCAGUAUCUCGUUGACUGUGAUGAAGUGGUCUUCAUGAAAGAAGGCUGCAUUACUGAGCGAGGAAGUCAUGAGGAAUUAAUGAAUUUAAAUGGGGACUAUGCAACCAUUUUUAAUAACCUACAGCUGGGAGAGACACCACAUAUUGAGAUUAAUAUAAAGAAGAACACAAACAGUUCACUGAAAAGACCCCAGGAUAAAAGUACCAAAGCAGGGUCUGUGAAGAAGGAGAAAGUCGUGAAGAAGGAAGAGGGCCAGCUGGUUCAGUUGGAAGAGAAAGGCAAAGGCUCUGUCCCCUGGUCUGUGUAUGGCAUCUACAUUCAGGCAGCUGGAGGCCCCUUUGCAUUCCUCGUGAUAAUGGCUCUGUUUGUGCUGAAUGUGGGCAGUACAGCUUUUAGCAACUGGUGGCUGAGUUUCUGGAUCAAACAAGGCAGUGGAAACACCACUGUGACUUUGGGAAAUGACACCGUCAUAAGUAACAGUAUGAAAGAUAACCCUCACAUGCAUUACUAUGCUGGCAUCUAUGCACUGUCUAUGGCAGUCAUGUUGAUCCUGAAAGCUGUUCGUGGUGUUGUCUUUGUAAAGGGAACUCUGAGAGCAUCCUCAAGGCUCCAUGAUGAGCUGUUCCGACGGAUUCUGCGUAGUCCCAUGAAGUUCUUUGACACUACACCCACUGGGCGGAUUCUCAACAGGUUUUCCAAAGACAUGGAUGAAGUUGACGUUCGUUUGCCAUUUCAAGCAGAAAUGUUCAUCCAGAAUGUCAUCCUUGUGUUCUUCUGUGUGGGGGUGAUUUCUGGAGUUUUCCCCUGGUUCCUGGUGGCAGUGGGGCCUCUCAUUGUCCUGUUCACAGUUCUGCAUGUUGUGUCUAGAGUCUUUAUUCGAGAGCUCAAGCGUCUGGACAACAUCACACAGUCUCCGUUCCUGUCUCACAUUACAUCUAGCAUACAGGGUCUGUCGACAAUCCAUGCCUACAACAAAGGACAAGAAUUCCUGCACAGGUAUCAGGAGCUUCUAGAUGAUAAUCAGGCACCGUUUUACCUGUUCAGCUGUGCAAUGCGCUGGCUAGCUGUACGGCUGGACAUUAUCAGCAUCGCUCUCAUCACAACCACUGGCCUUAUGAUUGUUCUAAUGCAUGGCCAGAUUCCUCCUGCGUAUGCUGGGCUGGCUAUCUCAUAUGCUGUGCAGUUAACAGGGUUAUUCCAGUUUACAGUCAGACUUGCUUCAGAAACAGAAGCUCGCUUCACCUCAGUGGAGAGGAUUGAUCACUAUAUCAAGACUCUUUCAUUGGAAGCUCCUGCUCGAAUUAAGAAUAAAACUCCCCCUCUGGACUGGCCACAGGAAGGCGAAGUUGCUUUUGAAAAUGCAGAGAUGCGGUACCGAGAAAAUCUCCCUCUAGUACUUAAAAAAGUGUCCUUCACCAUCAAACCAAAGGAAAAGAUUGGCAUUGUGGGAAGGACAGGCUCAGGGAAGUCUUCCCUUGGAAUGGCACUCUUUCGUUUGGUUGAACUGUCUGGAGGCUGCAUUAAAAUUGAUGGAGUGAAAAUAAAUGACAUUGGUUUGGCAGAUCUUCGCAGCAAACUGUCAAUAAUUCCUCAGGAACCUGUGCUAUUCAGUGGCACUGUAAGAUCCAACUUGGAUCCUUUCAAUCAGUACAGUGAGGAGCAAAUCUGGGAUGCUUUGGAAAGGACUCACAUGAAGGAGUGUGUUGCCCAGCUGCCUAUGAAACUUGACUCAGAAGUAAUGGAAAACGGAGAAAACUUUUCAGUUGGAGAGAGACAGUUACUGUGCAUAGCUAGAGCUCUACUGCGUCGUUGCAAGAUUUUGAUACUGGAUGAAGCAACAGCUGCUAUGGACACAGAGACAGACUUACUGAUUCAGGAGACUAUCAGAGAGGCAUUUGCAGAUUGCACUAUGUUAACGAUUGCUCAUCGUCUGCAUACUGUACUGGGUUCUGAUCGGAUCAUGGUGCUAACACAAGGACAGGUAGUGGAAUUUGAUACGCCGUCUGCCCUUCUGGCUAAUGAGAACUCACGCUUCUAUGCUAUGUUUGCUGCUGCGGAGAACAAGGCUGGGAGUUCCUCCAACUUUGUCGAUGCCAGCACUGGCUCUUGCCUGGUCCAGCAGUGAGCCAGUUCAGAAAGCUAACUUGCAGAAAGUUCACCUUCCAAAAGCAGGAAUGCUGUACAAAGGAGGAGACAGCAAGGCACACCUGGAAGGGAGGCGAAGCGGGGCUGCUUGUUUUAGUAGGUGCUAACUAUCACACUAGCUUAGCUAUGAGAGGAAACCGUGCUCAGGAUUCAUUGCAUCGAACUGCUGCUUACCAGUCAUGCUCUCCUAAAAUGGUGAAUACUUUUUUUGCUGCUUCAGUGAGCUGAAAUAGCUCGAGAUAUUAAACAAGUGUCUGCAAUGGAGCAGGCAAAUGGUGACAUGUGGACAGCAGGGAUUAGCUCAACUGUGUCAUUAAACCUCAGUCCCAGCAUUGUUACUUUAGAUAUAAGGAGAUAAACUGCCAGAAGAAACAUUCCUUCUGCUGUAAUCUCUUAACUGCUUCGUUUGGCACUUGUCUCACAGAUAGUACGGAAGUAUUGCUUCUCGUUUGGGUAGCAGUAAAUUUUACUGGCUUUCGUCCUGAACCAUAGGAGCAAGCUGAAACCUGGCCCAGAGCCCUGUCACUGACAUGGAAAGAAGAAACACACGUAUUUACAACGAGACCGAAAUAUCUCUUUUGAAGUGUUCUACGAGGGGUUGUUGAUGAUGGGAACUUUCAGAAAUCGGGUCCUGCAUUAGAAUGUGUAGUGUGAUACCCCAGAGAUUUCACCCUGCAAGGAGCAGAAUGAGACUGUAGGACCGGGACUGGGAAUUUCCUUAAAGGGAUCUUACCCAAAAUAGCACGAAGAUAACACAUCCUUCUUACAUAGCAAAGGACAUGGCCCAAGACCAACAGAUGGGUGACUUGAGAGAGAUUUACUUCAAAUAAUUUUCGUGUUUGCUGUAUGGGCCUUGGGAAUUUAGUUGCAUCCAUUUUGUUCAGACACAAGCGAGUGCAAUAGAUCCUGAUUCAUUAUCCUAAGUUUAGAAA